AGGACGCACUUCCUUGUUCCUCGUCCUGCCGCUGCUGCUGCUUCUUGUGGUAUCGGCCACAGUUCGAUCCGCGGCGGCGGCGGCGACCAAGGUGUGGAAAGGGGAAGGGACUCGAUACAGCGUCAUGGCUUUCCAUGCCGCCGGGGACGGCGAGACGGAUGAUUCCAAGGCGUUCGAGGAGACAUGGGAAUCUGCGUGCAGGGACAGCGGCGGGGCGAACGUCUACGUCCCUGCAGGAAGGACCUUCCUGCUGCGCGACGCCACUUUCAACGGGCCCUGCAAGUCGCCCAUCACCAUGCAGGUGGACGGGGACAUCGUGGCGCCAAGCACCCUCUGGCAGCUAAGAUCGUCAAGCGUGCUGACCUUCCACGAGGUGGACAACCUGACGGUGGACGGCAGCGGUCAGAUCGACGGCCGGGGCGCCCCAUGGUGGGAUUGCCACAACCACAAGCUGGUGUCAUUCUCGUUCUGCAACGGCCUGCGGGUGACCAACAUACGUCUCAAGGACAGCGCCCUCAAGCACAUCAGCGUGUACAGGUGCAGCCAGGCGCUGGUACACAACGUCUCCAUCUCCGCGCCCGGCGACAGCCCCAACACGGACGGGAUCACCAUUGGGGCCUCCCACCAUGUCCGCGUCUCCUCUUCCUCCAUCCAGUCCGGUGAUGAUUGCGUGUCGAUUAUAACGGGAACCACCGAUGUGAACGUCACCGACAUCACGUGUGGGCCCGGUCAUGGUAUCAGUGUGGGAAGCCUUGGAGGUGCUGGUGAAGGCCCAGCGAUGGUGGAGAGGAUUACAGUAUCCAACUGCAAAUUCUUCAAUACGACCAACGGCGUCAGGAUCAAAUCGUGGCAGGGAGGGCAAGGCAAAGCGAGCGGAUUCAUUUUCAGGGACCUCAACAUGACUGAAGUCCAACAUCCUAUCGACAUCGACCAGUUCUACUGCCCGCAUGGAAACUGUCCAGAACGGCAAGGUGGUGUGGCCAUAACCGACGCGAGGUUCAUCAACAUCCAUGGGACGUCCUCCGAGCGAGAGGCUAUCAAGAUCAUGUGCAGCAAUAGCGUGCCAUGCCACGACAUCUAUCUCGAUAAUGUCGACCUAUCCUGGUGUAGGCACACUGCCCCACCAAAAGCCAAGGUUAUGAAUGCCCAUGGGAGCGUCGCGGGCACGGUGAAGCCACAAGUACGGUUCUUGGGACGUUGAUCCCCAGUGCUCUUCGUUGUGAACAUAGACAGAGGAGUAGUGCAAAAAUUCUUACCUUAGGUGAGCGCCAUGUAAGGUCAGGGUAGUAGUGUUAAAAUUGGAUUGGCUGUAAGGAUGGUAGUUAUGGCCGACUACACAUACACACAAGUUGUAGGCA